AUGGCUGAAGGAACGAUUCAUCCGUCAGCCACUUUCGACGAGGAACGAUAUGUUCAUGAAAUUCACAAAGCUCUCACCGCAAAGCAAAUAAAUCAUGAUGCUGUCAUCGAUUAUCUCGUCAAAAUCAGCAACGCACAGCGGCAAAUGCUUCGCACUCCAUACAAAUAUCAUUAUCAAAAAGAUCUUGAAGAGACGCUUGUCAAGGAAUUAAAGGGAGAUUUGGAGAAUGUGAUCAUUUCUUUGCUUCAAACUCCCGCCAAAGCUGAUGCAAUUGCUUUGCAAAAAGCUGUAAAGGGCUUGGGAACUGAUGAACGGGCGUUGAUUGAGCUUUUGACUACGAGAAGCAAUGAGGAGAUUGAAGCUGCUAGAAAUACAUUCUACACAACUUACAAUCGAACUCUUGAAGAUGCGAUCACCGCCGAUACAUCAGGCGAUUUUCGAUUGUUUCUUCUUCAACUUUGUCGAGGAGCAAGAGAUCAAACGACUCAAAUUGACUCCUUUGCAGCUAAACAUAUAGCUAAUGAACUCAAUACCGGUGUUGAAAAAAAGGAGAAAUUUGAAAAGCUGAAAUUCCUCGUCGAAACAAAUCCCCAUCAGUUGCAACUCAUUUUCUCUGAAUAUGAGAAGAUCAGUGGUGGGAAAACUUUCGAAAAGUUUCUGGAAAAGGAUUUUUCGAGUGAUGCAAAAGAUUUGGUGUUGGCAUUGGCGCAAGUGGCAAGGAAUAAGCCAUUGUUCUUCGCUCAACAGAUCAAUCACGCAGUUAAGGGUUUUGGUGCUAAACACGCGGAUUUGAUUCGAAUUCUCGUCUCACGAUCUGAAAUUGAUCUCGAUGCGAUAAAAGUUGAAUAUGAGAAAGCUUUUGGCAAAACUCUUCUCGAUACGAUCAAAUCUGAAGCCAAGGGUGACUACAAAAAUGCUCUUGUUGCACUCGUUUUUGGGAAUCGAAAAAAU